UAAAACACGAACACAUUUAUUUAGUCUGUUCUCACUGUAAAAGUUGUUGCCCAGCUGGAGGACAAGACACUGUAACAGACUAAUAGCAAACCAACAACCCAUCUGCUUUUGAAACAGUAGUCGGCGUGCUGAUCCAGGAAUUAACAAGUAGCUCUCUCUCUCUCUGAGACCCGGGACACCGAGGCGAAGGAGAGAGCUCAUUCCACAACACGGUAGUCCUUCAUGGCUCUGUGCAACGGAGACAGCAAGCUGGAGAUCAACAGCACAGAGCAGAAUGGGUCAUACGAGGGAGCAGUGGCGAUCCUGGAUGCUGGGGCCCAGUAUGGGAAGGUGAUUGACAGACGGGUGCGAGAACUGUGCAUACGCUCUGAGAUCCUCCCUUUAGAAACCCCAGCCUUUGCUAUCAGAGAACAGGGCUACAGAGCAAUCAUUAUUUCAGGAGGUCCAGCUUCUGUGUAUGCUGAAGAUGCCCCCUGGUUUGACCCUGCCAUAUUCACUAUAGGAAAGCCUGUUCUUGGGAUUUGCUAUGGGAUGCAGAUGAUGAAUAAAGUUUUUGGCGGUACAGUACAUAAAAAGAGCGUGAGAGAAGAUGGAGUGUUCAAUAUUGGGCUGGACAACACUUGUUCCCUGUUCAGAGGCCUUCAGAAGGAGGAGCUGGUCUUGCUGACCCAUGGAGACAGUGUGGAUAAAGUGGCUGAUGGUUUUAAAGUGGUGGCCCAAUCAGGGAACAUCAUUGCAGGGAUUGCUAAUGAACAGAAGAAGAUGUAUGGGACACAGUUUCACCCUGAAGUUGACUUAACAGAGCGAGGCAUGGAAAUGCUGCGGAACUUCCUCUUUGAGAUCGCAGGAUGCACAAAUAACUUCACUGUACAGAAUCGCCAACAGGCCUGCAUCAACGAUAUCAGAGAAAAAAUAGGAAAAUCUAAAGUGCUGGUACUACUGAGUGGCGGGGUGGACUCAACAGUGUGCACAGCUCUCCUCAACAAAGCUCUGAACCAGGACCAGGUGAUAGCAGUUCACAUUGACAACGGCUUCAUGAGAAAACGAGAGAGUCAGAGUGUGGAAGAAGCCCUCACCAAGCUGGGCAUCAAACUCAAAGUGGUAAAUGCAGCUCACACAUUUUACAAUGGAACAACAACUCUUCCCAUCUCCGAGGAGGACAGGACGCCACGGAAACGUAUCAGCAAGACCUUGAAUAUGACUACCAACCCAGAAGAGAAAAGGAAAAUUAUUGGAGACACAUUUGUCAAAGUGGCAAAUGAAGUGAUAGGCGAGAUGAAUCUGAAGCCAGAGGAGGUUUUCUUGGCCCAGGGUACCUUGAGGCCCGACCUCAUCGAGAGUGCCUCUCAUCUCGCCAGUGGCAAGGCAGAAGUCAUCAAAACACACCACAACGACACUGAGCUCAUCCGCAAACUCAGAGAUGAGGGAAAAGUAAUCGAACCCCUGAAAGAUUUCCAUAAAGAUGAGGUCAGAGCGCUGGGCAGAGAGCUGGGCCUACCAGAGGAGAUUGUUUCUCGACACCCAUUUCCUGGCCCUGGUUUGUCCAUCAGGGUGAUUUGUGCAGAGGAACCUUACAUCUGUAAGGAUUUUGCUGAGACAAACAACAUCCUGAAAAUCAUCACAGACUUCUCUGCAAGUGUCAAAAAGCCCCAUACCUUGCUGCAAAGAGUCAAGUCAUACAUAUCAGACGAGGAGGAAGAGAAGCUCAUGCAGAUCACCAGCCUUCAUUCACUCAAUGCCUUCCUGUUGCCCAUCAAAACUGUCGGCGUCCAGGGUGAUUGCCGGUCCUACAGUUACGUGUGUGGCAUCACAAGUAAAGAAUCUCCACACUGGGAAUCUCUCAUGUUCCUGGCCAGACUCAUCCCUCGCAUAUGCCAUGGAAUCAACAGAGUUGUGUAUGUAUUCGGGUCCCACGUCAAGGAGCCGCCAACAGAUAUCACCCCGACCUUCCUGACCACAGGCGUUCUGAGUACACUCAGACAGGCUGACUUUGUAGCUCACUCUAUCCUGAGAGAGUCUGGCUACUCCGGUAAGAUCAGCCAGAUGCCAGUCAUCCUGACCCCGCUGCACUUUGACCGUGACCCAUUGCAAAAGCAGCCGUCCUGCCGGCGCUCCGUGGUGAUCCGCACCUUUAUCACCAGCGACUUCAUGACUGGCAUCCCCGCCAUGCCGGGCAAUCAUAUCCCAGAGGAGGUGGUGCUGAAGAUGGUAAAUGAGAUCAAGAAGAUCCCAGGCAUCUCCAGAGUCAUGUAUGAUCUGACCUCCAAACCACCUGGCACCACAGAGUGGGAAUAGUCGGAAAGGGCAAGACAUCACACACCAUGCACAAACACUCGAGAUAUCAGAGAGGGCUGGUAAACUCCUCUUAUCUUCUGUCCUUCCUUCAUUCCCUUCUCCACCUCCCCCUCUUCCCCAAUGUAACCCUGCCCUCUCUUUAACAUUCCCAUGGAAGGCAGACCGUACUGUGACAGGCGCACAUGCAAAGGUGCCAUUAUCCUGCUCUCAAUGCCACUCUUCCCUGGUCUUAAUAUUUUGGGCAAUAGGGGUCAAUUAAUGUUGGUUAUUGAUAAUAUAUUUUCAUUUUUGACCCAUGUACAACAGUGGGUUUUUCCUCUCUAAGGGAAGUUGCUGUUUCUUUUAGUGAGGUCAUCCAUUAAAAGCAAGUGGUGAUGAGCUGUGGAAGUUCAGAGAGUGGACUUGUGCCUCAGGUUGCAUUAUGGGAUGAGCUAAAUAUGAAAACAAGCAGACAAUAGUGUCAUGAAAAGAAAGAGUUUGAAAGUCUUCACCAGUUUUUAUGCCUUUUUUUUGUUUUACUGUUGUACUGUAGGUCAGAAUGUUCUCAGCCUAAGACUAUCCUCUCACUUUGUUCUGUUUCACUUUCUGCCUGUAUACUGUGCUAUGAAGAAAGUUGUCUGUACAGGAAUAAGAACUGAACAGACAACCAAUGUGACCAAUCAAUAAUUUUUAAGCUUUUUGUUUUGCCAAAAGUACAAUAUGCUGUGUGAUUAUAAAACAUUUUGGGCUUCUGGCGAUCUUUUCCAAGCUACAUUUGUUGACAAGUGUUGACUUGUUGCUCUACCCAUUGUGGACAGCAGUUAGCCCAAGAAUAGCUUCAGUAUGAUGACUGGUGUGCAGCUGCGCAGGAAGCCGAUAUAAUGGGUAACUUUGUAUGUGCCUGUUCCACUGUUUUUUUUUUCCUUUGGUGUGUCUUGACCUGGACUCUGAUAUUUCCAGAAAGGAGGAUAUAACAAUUGUUUCUCCUUAUGCUGCAAUAUGUACGCUUUUCAUGAUGAAUAAACAAGAUGAGAGGACUAACUAAUAUUAUACAGUAGAGCUUAUAACCACAUUGUGUAAAUUACAGUUUUCACUUCAUUAUUUGGCUGCUCUUUUGUUGUGCAGGGGAACAUUUUUGCACAUUUUGUCUGAUCUUUCCCCCCUAAAGCCUUGGUGCUUCAACAGUAUAACAGAAUCAUACAUCCAGUGUCAUUCUGUAGUGUUAAAGUUAACCGUUUGUUGCCAUCUCUAACAAAUUCACUGUCUCAGAAAGACAAUGCUCAAUUUCUCUUUGUACUGUAACACAUAACCUCUAGUCUUCAGUCUUGUUGUUUAGACUUCAGUGAAUACAAUGCUCAGGUUUAACUGAGUUUUAAAAGGUGUAUUGUGCCCCGUUAGAAGCAUUUCAGUCAGGCAGAAUUUGUCCCCAGAAUUUGUCUUUGUACCUCUCAUCCUCUGUUAUAUCCUUAACCUUUAGUGGCAAAAUGCUCCCAAUGAAUGGUUCUCCUUAUUUGUCUUAACUGCUACUCUGCCUUUUUAUAUGUGUAUUUUAUGUUGCAUACGUCUCCACAGAAAACAACAGCUUGAUGAUAAUAAACAUAAUUUUGUAGUUGGAUUUAAUUGCAAUAUUGAGAUUAAGUUAUGCAAUUCUAUGUCUGAUGGUUUUCUUAUUUUGUCCAUUCUCCUUAGUAAUGUGCCUCAAACCAAGCCACUGCAUGCAGUUUCAACUAUGAUGACAUUUGUACAAUGGAAAA